ACUUUUCCUGAAAAAACUAUGGAAAACCUUACGCCAGAGCAAUGGCAGGAGAUAGUAAACAAGAAGAUGCGCUUUCCUCCGGAGUUGAUAAACGCUAUCCAGGAGGGGAACAUCAUGCUAGUCUGUGGCCUCCUGAAAACUGGUGACGGCAUUAUCCGUCAGCUGGACGACUCUGAGGACCGUCUGUGGAGGGAGGCCCUCAACCUGUCUAUACGCCUUGGCAAAGAGGACACCAUGGACGCCCUCCUGCAGGGUAUCAAGUUUGACUUCCGCCAGAUCCACGAGGCCCUGCUGGUCGCUGUGGACACCAACCAGCCCCGUGUGGUGAAGAGGCUCCUGGACCGCCUGGAUCUGGAGAAGGGCAACAAGAUGGACGUGCGAUCUUUCUCCCUGGCCAUUUUCGACCACUCCAUUGAUGACUCGCAGUUUGCUCCGGGUGUGACUCCAUUAACCCUAGCCUGUCAGAAGGACCUCUAUGAGAUUGUCACCAUGUUGACCCUGAAGGGACAUGUCAUUCCAUGGCCACACAAGAUCUCCUGUGCCUGUCUAGAGUGUAGGAACGGGCGGCAAUAUGACCUGCUGAAGUUCUCGCUGUCCCGCAUAAACACCUAUCGCGGUAUCGCCAGCCGGGCUUACCUGUCCAUCACCUCAGAGGAUGCCAUGCUCAGUGCCUUCAGCCUGAGUAGGGAGCUCCGCAAGCUCUCCAAGAAGGAGCCUGAGUUCAAGCCUCAGUACCUGGGUCUGGAGGAGUUGUGCCAGGAGUUUGCAGUUGAGCUACUGGGAAUGUGCCGUAACCAAAGUGAGGUCACCACCAUCUUGAACAGCUGUGGAGAUGAAAGCCAGGAUGCCCUCGACCAACAGGCCUUUGAAGAGGGCAUCCCGAAUCUGACCCGCCUACGGCUUGCUGUCAGCUACAACCAAAAACAGUUUGUGGCCCACCCUAUCUGCCAACAGGUGCUUUCCUCUAUUUGGUGUGGGAAUCUGUCCGGUUGGCGGGGCAGCAGAACAGUCUGGAAGCUGCUGGUUUCUGUGGGAAUCUUCUUCACCAUGCCCCUCCUCUGCCUUGUCUACUGGAUUGCACCCAAGUCCAAGGUGGGAAAGUUACUGAAGAUUCCGGUGAUUAAGUUCCUUGUUCACUCUGCCACCUACAUGUGGUUCCUCAUUACGCUGUUGGGAGAGUCUAUCACCAUGGAGUUGUACAGAGAGCAGUUUGCUUCGCGUCAACAGAAUGUUUUGCACAGCUCAGUCCACAUGGUGUGGGUGGUCGGGUUCUUCUGGUAUGAAUGUAAGGAGGUGUGGAUUGAAGGUUUGCGUAGCUACCUUCUGGACUGGUGGAACUGCCUGGACAUGAUGGUCCUCAGCAUGUACCUAGCCUCCUUCACGCUGCGCAUUCUUGUCAUGCUUAAAGGUCACUUUCUGUGCCAAGCCCCCGACAGGACUGACGAGUGCACAUACUUCACCCAGACUGUGCGCCAGGACUGGCAUCAGGAGGACCCCCAGUUCAUAGCCGAAGUGUUGUUUGCCGUGACCAGUAUGCUGAGCUUCACCCGCCUGGCGUACAUCCUGCCUGCUCAGGAGUCCCUGGGGACACUGCAGAUUUCCAUAGGGAAAAUGAUUGAUGACAUGAUGAGGUUCAUGUUCAUAUUGAUGAUCAUUGGAACAGCUUUCCUUUGUGGUAUCAAUAAUAUCUAUGUUCCUUAUGUCAACCAGCCGUAUCUUGGAAGGUUCAAUGAGACUUUUCGUUUCCUGUUCUGGACCAUGUUUGGGGUGAAUAACCAGGAAUACGUUGACAUGCCUCAGUUUGUAGUGGCAGAGUUUGUUGGCAGGAUCCUUUACGGCAUCUUCACCCUCGUCAUCGUUAUCGUGCUACUUAACAUGCUCAUUGCCAUGAUCACCAAUUCUUUCCAGAAGAUUGAGGAUGACGCUGAUGUUGAGUGGAAAUUUGCCCGAUCAAAGCUCUAUCUGAGUUACUUCAGAGAAGGUCUCACCAUGCCUGUACCCUUCAACAUUAUCCCCUCUCCUAAGGCCUUCUUCUACCUCAUACGGGGUGUUUUCCGUUGGGUCUGCUGCUGUUGUAACUCCACUCCAGAGUACCCGUCCACAACCUCCAUGUCCAAUGGAAAGGAGACAGACGGUGGAGGGUCGCUGGAGAAACAGAUACCUUACCGGCAGCAGGUGAUCCGGGCCCUAGUGCAGCGCUACAUUGAGUCUGCACGUCGCGAGUUUGAGGAGACCAAGAGAAAAGACAUAGGUAAUCGGAUCACAGAGCUAAACAAGGUGGUGGGCAGGCUGCAUGCUGAGAUGAAGACCAUCAUGCAGGUUCUGGUGGACUCUGGCCAGGCUGUAGGAGACAACUCCACCACUGACAGCGCCUCCAUCCUGGGGAAAUACAUCUUGGGAGCCAAGAACAACUUCAGGGGCUUCCACAGCCCAGAUGACAAACACCCUCCUCUACAGGUGACUGUGCACCACAGAGCAGCAGAAGGGGUGGUGACGGGACAGAGCGGGGAAGGGUUGGUGACGGGACAGAGCGGGGAAGGGGUGGUGACGGGACAGAGCGGGGAAGGGGUGGUGACGGGACAGAGCGGGGAAGGGGUGGUGACGGGACAGAGCGGGGAAGGGGUGGUGACGGGACAGAGCGGGGAAGGGGUGGUGACGGGACAGAACGGGGAAGGGGUGGUGACGGGACAGAACGGGGAAGGGGUGGUGACGGGACAGAACGGGGAAGGGGUGGUGACGGGACAGAGCGGGGAAGGGGUGGUGACGGGACAGAGCGGGGAAGGGGUGGUGACGGGACAGAGCGGGGAAGGGGUGGUGACGGGACAGAACGGGGAAGGGGUGGUGACGGGACAGAACGGGGAAGGGGUGGUGACGGGACAGAACGGGGAAGGGGUGGUGACGGGACAGAGCGGGGAAGGGGUGGUGACGGGACAGAGCGGGGAAGGGGUGGUGACGGAACAGAACGGGGAAGGGGUGGUGACGGGACAGAGCGGGGAAGGGGUGGUGACAGGACAGAGCGGGGAAGGGGUGGUGACGGGACAGUGCGGGGAAGGGGUGGUGAUGUUACAAGACACUCGAGAAGUGGUGACAGCAGAGGAGGCUGGAAUGGAGAUAAAAAAAGUUGGCGCAGCACUGAAAGCAGAGGAACCAGAGGUAAAGGGAGAGAUAGGAAAGGAAGGAGGGGAGUUUGACAAACAGGAGGUGAGGCCAGAUACAGCGGUGUGGAUGAACCCAACAGAAGAUAAUGUUGUGAAAAUGGAGGAGGGUAGAGCUGAUGGUGUGAAAAAGAGAGGAGUACAAAUGGAAGGGAAAGGAAAAUCAAAGACACAAGAUAGCAUUUUGGAUAUUACAAACAGAGAGAAAGGAGUUGUAGAUCUCAAAGACCUGAAGAAAAUGGGUAGAUGUGGGAAUAUCGGGAAAGUAAACCUGGGUUUGGGGGAUGUGAAUGAGUUAAAAAUGAUAGAACUGAAAGAGAAAAAAGUGGUGGGGAAAAUGAAUGUGGCAGAGAGGUGUACUCAAGGCAACGGGAGAACAGUGGCAAAAAAGACUGGCAUGGUGGAGAAUACUGCCAUGGCAGAUGUGAAGAUACUUGGGGAGAAAGUAUUUCCUUCUCCCACUGGUAGCAGCAACUCACAGGACACUGGCUUCGGCUCACAGGAAGGGGAGGGGUCCAUUGAUGGAGGACCAAUGAGUCCCACACUGGAGUGCAUUACCUCUAAAUGA